AUUAUAUAAAUUCUUCUUAAGGCGUGAAAUUGGCGCGAUUUUCUAAAAAUCAAUGUCAACAAAUUGAAGGAGGCGUUGAAUUUUGUUAUCUCCGUGGAACAAAUGUUAUAACCUAUAGCUUGCUGAUGAAAGAAGAAAUGUAUGAGAAUGUUAAAUUAACGGUAUAAAAAAUUAAUAUAAUGAUAAAUGCAGUUAACUUAAUUAUCUAAGGGGGAAUUGUCCGUUUGAUGUAACAUUUUUCAUGACGCGUGCAUUACUUUUCAAAAGUUACACCACAUCGUACACAACAGAGGGAUAUUAAAGAGAGAACGUAUUCCUCAUGUUACAUUACCUUAUCACAAAUGCAUUUCUUGUAGAUUUUACAAUCAUUGAACAGGUAAGCUGCUCGCUAGUCUUUUUUUCUUCGACUUAACUUUGCCUCUAGUCUUUGUAACGACAGCUUAAACGAUUCUCCUCAAUGCUCGAGACUUCUCUUCGCUUUUCGCAAUCGAAGAACACGAGUCAACCUAACCUUUUUUUUUAAAAAGAGAAAUUUUACUUUUCAACGUUAUUCUAUUUUUUUUUUUUUUUACAUAUACCUUUCAAAACAUCAAUAUUGAUUAUUUCAAAUUAAUAAUGAUGAAUUAAUUACGUACGUAUCUUUUUAGGAUAUGGAAACGGUGAAGGAAUACCUAGGAUAUGUGAAUCCUCAUUGGAUAGCUGUGGUGGUAACAGGGAUGUACACCCACCUUCGACAAAUCUGUAUAAUCGGUUUAUGUUUCGACGAAGAUAAUAACGGCCCACCAUUCGAUCCGUCUUACGCGUCUGUCCUCUUCACAUUUUCCGUGCUGUGUCUUCUCGCCGAGUACAGGCUUUGGCCUAGAACUCUCAAAGAGCCACCGAUUCAACUUCUCUAUAUUUACGAAAUGUUGGUAGCGGCAUUGACCACAAAUCUAGCCACGCGAGCUAUUUGGGUACCAUUUAUGCACGUUAUUUAUUGUUUAACUCAAGAGUCCAGUAAAUGUUUGAUAUGGUUAAAUGCGAUUUUGGGAUUGGGUCGUUACUCAUUUCUCUGUGAUCUUGCAUAUUACAUGGCGAAAGACUGCGCCGCGACACAUAUGGCUUUCUGCAUGUCCAUCUUGUCAUUCGUAUGGAUGUUGGAUGCCACCGAGUCUCUGGAUGCCAUUUUGGACACUUGGGCCAAGUAGUGAACCAGUAAUGUUUAGUUUUAUGAGACAAUUAUGUCAUAGAGUGAUAUAGACAUGACAUUUUA